UGCAUUAAUCUGGACCGUCUAAAGUCUGAUGAUUUACCAUCUAUGAUUUCACGUGGCACCGUAACUUGGUGGAUAGAUUCCAUUUCCACAACAAAUUUUCCCGUCAACCGAACAGAAAAUCUGGCUAGGAUUGACGAUCUUUUAGCCCAGCAAUGAUGGAUUCUGACCAUAGUAAAGGUAUUGGGGUUGAUUAUGAACAUAGUAAAGAUCCUCCUAGUAAAGAAAAUAGUUGGAUUGAUAGCAAUCAUAAAAUUGCAAGUGAUGGCACAGUGGAUGGAAAUUAUAAUGGAUCAGUACCACAGUUAAACAUAGAUGAACCAUAUAUAGGUCAAGAAUUUGAAUCAGAAGAAGCUGCAUUUGAGUUUUUUUCUGCAUAUGCCAUGCGUAUGGGUUUUGUAACCCGUAUUAAUCAAACCCAUCAUUGUGAUGGAUCUGUUGUUUCACGAACACUUGUCUGUAGCAGAGCAGGUUUCCAGAGACCCAAAAAUAAGAAUGAAAUGAUAUGUAAAAGUUCACGAGAACCUCGGACUUCCAUUAGAGUGGGUUGCAAAGCAAGGGUUUCAUUCAAAAAAAGACCUACAGGGAAAUGGUUCAUUAGAAGCUUCAUAAAGGAGCACUCUCAUGCAUUGAAUGAUAGCCUUUCUCACAGAGCACGUGUCCAUAAAUUUCAUCAGGUCGAUGACAAGAGAAUCAAUGAUCUAACUAGAGAGCUGAUAAUGGAGAGAAGACGGUCCGCUUCCCUCAGAGAAUUUAUAGACCUUCUAUUCCAGCACAUUGAAGAGCACACGCAGGGCUUGUCAGAAAAGAUCCAGUACAUAGUAGAAAAGGUUAAUAAGAUUGAAUCUGAAGUAAAAUGCAACAAAAAAUGUGAGAUAGCUGUGACAUUGUAAUCCAUAAAGUCUAACGUAGUUUCUCAUUCCUUUCCUCCCUCUCUCCAUGAUUUAGUGUAAUUUGCAAAUUUGAAUAGGCCUGCGAAUACGGAGACUUUGCUAUUAUCCUUUCAUCCAUUAUUUGAGAUUUGUAAUUUACAAGUUUGUCUCAUAAACUCGCACUAUCAUGGAUGCCAAUGGCCUUGCAACUAUAGCUGUUGUCGCUGCAGCAACUGAUUGAUCAUCACUAUACUUGGGAACGUAAGUGUUAAUGCCAAUAAAUAUAUUUUAUAA